CUGGCAGCCAGGUUGUGUCCUGGGUCCUGUGGCGAGUCUGGCCCAGUCCCACCCUUCCGGGUCUACCUGUUGCCUCUGGGUCUGAGCCUCUUCUCUGACCCUGCUCUGCCCCUCCUGGCCCUGGAGCUCUACCUGGAUGACAGCAAACAGUUCUAUAAGGAACUGGGCUUCAGGCGAUGAGUGUACAACAGCCUGAGUAUCCUGCCAGUUGCCCUGGGGAAGCCUGUGUGUGAUGUGGCCACCAAGGCUGAUGGCAUCUGGGGAAACCUUUCUGGGAGCCUGCUGUAGAGUGGAGGGCCAUUGGUGGUCAGCAGAGGUGGUGAUAAGGUGCUGCUGCACUUCGUCCAGAAGUCCCCGGGUGACUGCGUUCCUCAGGAAUGUGUCCUGCAGGCCCUGGACAUCUCCAUGGAGGUCUGUGCCAGUGAGCCGCCUUGGUGUGACGAGGAGGCGUGUGGGAGGUGA